CACGGCCACCACCAGACGCCCCGCAAGCCCCUCGGCGAAAUCCACCUCAAGGUGUCGACCGUCAGAGAGAGCAGAUCGGACGACAGGAGGUUCUCCAUCUUCUCGGGGACCAAGAGGCUGCACCUGCGGGCCGAGACGAGGGAGGACAGGGCCGCGUGGCUCGAGGCGCUCCGUGCCACCAAGGAGAUGUUCCCGAGGAUGUCCACCAGCGAGAUGGUCGGGCCGGGGGACACUGCGGCGGCCGCGGCGGUCUCCACCGAGCGCCUGAAGAAGCGCCUGCAGCAGGAAGGGGUCAGCGAUGCUGCCAUUGCUGACAGCGAGAGGAUCGUGCGGGAGGAGUUCGAGGCGCUGCACAAGCAGCUUGUGCUUCUCAAGCAAAAGCAGGCGCUACUCCUUGACACGCUCCGCCACCUAGAGUGUGAUUGGACAUGUUUAUUUGCUUAUUUCUAUCAUGAGAUGAACCACAUUUAUGCAUCUUACAUCUCUAUGUUGAAUACUCAGGGGGAUAGUGUGAUGAGGAUUCUAAGCGUUGCAGCAUUUGUUGUUUCUAGUUAUGCCUCUACGGAUGGAAGGAGUUGUAAGCCCUUCAACCCUCUUCUUGGGGAGACCUAUGAAGCAGAUUAUCCAGAUAAAGGUCUUCGUUUUUUCUCAGAAAAGGUUAGUCAUCAUCCAAUGGUUGUUGCAUGCCACUGUGAGGGAAAUGGCUGGAGGUUUUGGGCAGAUAGCAACCUAAAGAGCAAGUUCUGGGGUCGCUCCAUUCAACUUGAUCCUGUUGGUGUGUUAACACUGCAGUUUGAUGAUGGUGAAGUUUUCCAGUGGAGCAAGGUGACCACUUCCAUUUACAAUCUCAUAUUGGGUAAACUGUACUGUGAUCACUAUGGUAAUAUGCGCAUUCAAGGUAAUCGCGAAUAUUCAUGUAAGCUGAAGUUCAAGGAGCAGUCAAUUAUUGAUCGCAACCCUCAUCAGGUAUUUAAUAAAUUGCCUGUAUACUAGAUGUAUUUUGUAUGCUUGUUCUUCUGAUUUCUCCUUUUAUUUCCUAACUUUGCAGUUUGUUUGUCACUAAGAU